AUGAAGAUGUACAUAAAUAAACCUGAAUACAUUAUGGAAAGCGACGAUAGUCCAUCAGAUGAACAUCUUUCUAACGUUGAAAACGAAGACAUUUCACUAUCUAAAAAAGUGAAAAAAUCACUGGAACAGUACGUAGACAUACAAUUUGAAGGAAAAUUUUUUCCUGGCCAAAUCACUUAUGUCUCCAACACAAGAGCAAUGAGGAAAGUAGAAGAUCAGGGAGAGAAUGAAGAAGGCUCGAGUGACUAUUCUCCCAAAGUACAAAUAAUAGCAGCUAGUGGUAAUAAUAUAAUUGCCGUAGCCAAUCCUGCUCUAGCGAUGUCUCCAGCUAUUAUCCCACCCCUUCAUUCUAACCAAAUAUUGGAAGCCAGGGAAAAUCGGACAGAAAUAGAUUGA